AUGCUGUUCGAUUCCUUUAAAGUUCUAUUUCGAGUUAAUCGUCAUCCAGUCACUCAUCAUAAUGAUGCAAGCAAUACUCAAAAAGAAACGGUCGCAGAUGAAAUUGAUUUGAAGUCAUUCAGUAAUGGAAUAAUGGCAGUCAAUUGGAGACGUGCGAAGAUGAUGAGAUUGCUCCUGGAGGACGGCACUGUUUUGAUUGCUAUUGGAUUUACAGUCGCACUGUUGUCACUUGCGAUGGAAACUUGCAUUAUUGAACUUCAGAAUUUGCGAAAGGAUCUGAUGGAAUGGGUCGAGAGUGAAGCGCUCAAGAUUCAUCAUGUGAAUGCCAAUCUACUCGAUAACUGCGCCUGGACGGCUUACACCACUCUACUCAUCCUUCUUGCUGCUAUUUCUACUAAUCUUAUUGCACCACAAGCUAUUGCAGGCUCUGGAAUUCCUGAAAUGACAACAAUUUUACGAGGUGUAAUGAUGAACGAAUAUCUUUCAAUGAGGACAUUGAUCGCAAAAAUGCUCGGUCUAACACUGGCCAUUGGUAGUGGUUUACCGAUUGGUAAAGAGGGUCCAUUCGCACAUAUUGGUUCAAUAGUGGCCAGCCAGAUGAGUCGAUGGAUCAAGGGUAUGAAGAUGCAUUCAGUGCUGUUUGCAAAUGAAUCGCACACCUCUGAGAUGUUAGCUGCAGGUUGUGCUGUUGGUGUGGCGUGUACCUUCAGUGCUCCUGUAGGUGGUGUAUUAUUCUCAAUCGAAGUGACUGCUGUUUAUUUCGCAGUACGUAAUUACUGGCGUGGCUUUUUUGCAGCAGCUUGUAGCUCGAUCUUUUUUGCUUUAUUACGUCUUUACACACAGUCGUCUGAAGUGACAGUAGUUGCCUUCUAUCAAACGGCUUUCAAACAUCGUUCGUUUAUGCCCGAGGAAUUACUCUUUUUUGCUUUGAUCGGACUUUUUUGUGGUAUAACCGGAGCGUUAUUCAUUUUGAUACAUCGACGAUUGGUGCUUUUUGUUCGUGGAACUGCACUAUUGAAACUGUUAUUUCUGGACAAUUACAUUCUCUAUCCAGUGUUUGUUUCUGUGCUACAUUCGUCACUCAGAUAUUCAAAACUUUUUGGAAAAUUUGUAUCUGGACGGAUAAUAUUCAAUCACAAGUUAUGGGAUUUCUUCGAGAACUGUACAUGGAGUGCAGCACGAUCAUCGCCUUAUGCAUGCCCCAAAGAACUGCUUGAACGUUGGACUGGCUUCGAUGGCGAAUACUCUUUAUUCAUGCAACUCUCUCUGUUCAUUAUAACUUUCUAUUUCAUGUGCAUAAUCGCCGUAAUGCUACCGAUUCCGGCUGGUAUCUUCAUGCCGGUGUUCGUUGUUGGUGCUGCCAUCGGUAGACUGGCUGGUGAACUGAUCGCGUUCUACUUCCCGAACGGCAUUCGAGGCACUUCCACUCAAACACCCAUUUAUCCGGGCAUUUAUUCAGUUGUUGGUGCAGCUGCAUUCUGUGGAUCGGUAACACACACCGUUUCGGUUGCGAUUAUAGCAUUCGAAAUGACUGGUCAGUUACUGCACAUUGUUCCUGUCACGAUGGCAGUUAUAAUAGCGAAUAUAGUGGGUUCUGCGUUGCAGCCGUCCUUCUUCGAUAGCUUGAUACUGCUCAAACGCUUACCUUUCCUUCCUGAUAUUGCGCAAUCCUCAUCUGCAGUGCAUGCGAUUCGCAUUGAACAAAUAAUGGUUCGCGAUGUGAUCUCAGUCAGUAAAACGUCAACUUAUGCUCACUUAAAACACGUUAUUGAUAAUUACGGUCAUUUAUCUGCGUAUCCAGUUGUGCUCGAUUUU